CCGGCAGGUACCUAAGCGAACGGGAAAGAGGGCGAAGUCUCAUUACUCGUUGCGCUUAGAUCUCCCACCCUCUGAUCUCCCCCGAGGCGCGAGCAGGAAGACGCCGGCGGGCGGCUCCGGCGACCGGAGAAUCUGCGGCCUUCCUCCCCGCCCUUUCCAUAUUGCUGCCAGAGUGAAACUAGUCUGUUGGUGGAAAUGGCCAGUACAGCAUGCUUCGUGAUUGUAAGUAAGAACGACAUCCCAAUCUAUGAGGCAGAAGUUGGAUCUGCACCCAAAAAAGAAGAUCUGGCUUAUCACCAUCAGUUCAUCCUGCAUGCUGCGUUAGAUGUUGUUCAGGACCUAGCAUGGACCACAAAUGCAAUGUUCCUGAGGUCGGUUGAUAGAUUUAAUGACCUUGUGGUGUCUGUUUAUGUAACCGCCGGUCAUACUAGAUUCAUGUUGCUUCACGAUUCACGCAGCGAGGAUGGAAUAAAAAGCUUUUUUCAAGAGGUCCAUGAACUUUACAUCAAGAUAUUCCUCAACCCCCUGUACCUGCCCGGCUCUCGCAUCGCAUCGUCACAUUUCGACACCAAGGUGAGGGCUCUCGCGAGGAAGUAUCUGUAGCGUUUGGCCACGGAGCAGCUUCACUGUCAUAACGCGGAAGCAGGGCCAGCAAACAUCAUACUCCACCGCAGCUGUUCUCCCGUCAUCUAUGCACCCUGCUGAAUCAAGUAUGCACACUCUUAUUUUUCUUCGUGUCGGAUCCUUGCGUGCGCGCCAGUGAAUCCCGGGCUUUCAGAAUCGAAUUCGGUUUGUAAAAUGGGCUGUGCCGCGCGUGGCAAACCUGCACUACCAAACCGUGUAAUCUCCGUGCAGCAUACGGGGCAUAUACUAGUGUAAGUGUUGGUUUGAUUUCC